CUUUGGUAACUAUUAGACGCCUAAUUUAUCGCGCGAGUCAACUGUAGAGCUAUAGACUUCUCCGACGUAAGUAGUCGACGAAUCCUUCGCUGACCCGUAGUUGGCAAAACAGAUCCUUAAGUCUCCAGAACGUGUAAUUCUUCAGUCCGCAUAUGCAGUAUUGUUGAGAAGCCGGUUAAAUCUCGGCUCAUGUGGGCAGAAGUGCUGUUCCUUGGGGGGCCAAGCUCAGUUCAAACUCCGGCCCAGGGCUCAGGCUUAAAGCGGCCAGGGUCGGGUCCGGAUGUGGCACCCAGGCGGGCGUGGACGAAUGCUCUACUCUUACGAGGUAGCCGUCGUCGUUUGGCCUAUCCGGUGCCGCUCUCGACGAUCCACCGAGAGAGAGAGAGAGAGUACGUGCCCCGUCCCUCUGCCCGUCCCUUUGUGCCUAAGCACCAACAUCGGAUCGGUCACGUUGGGUUCUCUCGGAUGAGAUAAGUCUCCAAUUCGCUCGCCCCCCGCCAGACCCUCGACUGCCUUUGCAUUCUCUCUCCUCCAAGAUGACGGUGAUGGCCACCAAGUUUACGCCCGAGGUGCUCCUAUCGGCUCCGCGCCGCAGUGCGGCCGUGCCUAACAGCACCGGCACCCUCGCUCUCUUCGCUGUAACGCAAUACUCCUUUGACACUCACACCAAGAGCUACGCUAUCAAGGUGCUGGACGUCAAGACCGGCCAGUCGUCGGUCUUGUUCGACGACCCGACCUACACCGAGCCCACCUGGAUUUCCGACACCGAGUUCGUCUUCGUCAAGAACGGCGACUCUAGCACGAACCUCCUGGUGGGGGACGCCACGAAGCCAGGCUUAGACCCAUACACGGUUGCUACCUUCGAUGGCGCACUAUCCAACAUCAAGGCUAAGGACAUCGGGAAUGGCACCGUGGCCUUCGCCGGAGCAGCCCCCACCACGGCGAAUGGUGAGAUGCUCAGCCCGGAGGACGAGAAACCGCUGUCCAGCGCUAGGGUCUACACCGGUCUCUUCGUCCGGCACUGGGACGCCUACGUCUCGAAGAGCCGAGUCGGCAUCUUUUACGGCGCCCUCAAGAGGGACGAGGGAGGACGUUUCAAGCUGGAACCCCCGGGCCUGGUCAACGCGCUCGCCGGCACCCCGCUCGAGAGCCCCGUGCCCCCCUUCGGAGGCGCCGACGACUACGAUAUUGGGCCGCGGGGCCUCAUAUUCGUGGCCAAGGAUCCAGAGCUCAAUCCCGCGUUGUGGACCAAGACGGAUAUGUACUACGUCCCCCUGCGCUCCUUCACCGAGAAGGCCCCGAAGCCCCAGAUCGUGAAGACGGGUAUGCUUGAAGGAUACACCGGCGCGCCCACCUUCUCCCACUCCGGGACCCGUGUGGCGUUCAAGCGCAUGCGCAACCGGCAGUACGAGUCGGACAAGUGGCGGCUGCUCCUGCUGCCAGACAUCGACGACCUGAGCAACGUGCAGGAGUUCUACGCUACGGAAGACGGGGAGGGCGGAUGGGACGCGCGCCCCGAGGGCGUAGCCUGGAGCAACGACGACAGCGAGCUCUACGUCACCGCCGAGAAGCACGGCCGCCAGCUCCUGUUCAAGCUUCCCUCGGACCCGCUCGCCGCGGCAAAGCAGCUUCCGCAGCCGCUCACCAAGGACGGUGCCGUAGGGCCCUUCUUCACGCUCGCCGCCUCCUCGCCAUCGGACACCCGGAUCCUCGUGAGCUCGACCUCGCUCGUCGACAACUCCUCGUUCUCGAUCGUCGACGCGGCGACGCCCGCCGAUGCUCCGCUGCCCGCUCCGACCCUCGUGUCGUCCAGCUCGCGAGAGGGCAAGACCUUCGGGCUCAGCCGGCAGCAGGUGGACGAGUUCUGGUUCAAGGGCGCCGGCGGCCAGUACGAGUGCCACGCGCUGGUGGUCAAGCCGUCGGACUUCGACCCGCGGCGCCGGUACCCCCUCGCGCUGCUGAUCCACGGCGGCCCGCAGGGCGCGUGGGGCGAUAGCUGGAGCACGCGCUGGAACCCGGCCGUGUUCGCUGAGCAGGGCUACGUCGCUGUCCUGCCCAACCCGACCGGUAGUACAGGUUACGGCCAGGCCCUCACCGACGGCAUCGCGUCCGACUGGGGCGGGCGCCCGUACAACGACCUGGUGAACUGCUUCGAGUACAUCGCGGAUAACAUCCCCUAUAUCGACACGGACAACGCCGUGGCUCUGGGCGCCUCGUACGGAGGCUAUAUGAUUAACUGGAUUCAGGGACACCCUCUCGGGCGCAAGUUCAAGGCGCUCGUGUGCCACGACGGCAUAUACAGCACGAUGAGCAACUGGUCGACCGAGGAGCUCUUCUUCCCCGUGCACGACUUCGGCGGCACGCUGUGGGAGAACCGGGCCGUCUACGAGCGCUGGGACCCGGCCGCCUCGUCGGGGAGCUGGGCCACGCCCCAGCUCAUCGUCCACAGCGAGCUCGACUACCGGCUGCCCAUCUCGGAGGGCCUCGCCGCGUUCAACGCUCUCCAGGUUCGCGGCGUCCCGAGCCGCUUCUUGACGUUCCCCGACGAGAACCACUGGGUGCUGAAGCCCGAGAACUCGCUCGUGUGGCACAGGGAGGUGCUCGACUGGAUCAACCGGUGGACUGGCCUAGCCGACAAGGCCAAGGACGAAGACGAAGAGGCGUCGGCGGGCGUGGAGAAUCUGAACCUCGACGGCUAACAGUCGAAACGGAAAGGCCUCGCGCGGGCGGAUAAGGAGGGGGAGAGAAAGAGGAAAAAAGGCCAGGGGCGGUAGGAAGAGGAGGAAGUAAAUAUUUAGGAUAGGGCAUAUGCUGCUUAGGUUAGACGAAAAUACACGACUAAAAAAAAUUAUAAAAUAAGCAGAAGCAACUCCCGGAAAGGGAGCCGAGAACGAGAAUAGUGUGCCUUCUCGUGCGUAAA